AUGGCGAUCACAAUUGGCACCUAUGCUAGCCAUGCCACAGAAGUGUACACAAUUCCCCAGAGGCUCAACAACGUGCCAGCGUCCCGGGAGACGAGGCAAUUCUUCUAUAACGAUGUCUGCAGAGCAGUCGAGAAGGCAGUCGCUGCGGAGGAGAGGCUUCUCAGCGUCAAGCUCACCGUCCCUGAAACCAAUCCAGAGAUGGAUGUCUAUCGGAUUGGGACUGUGCUGGAGCUGGUGAGGGACCUGGUCACGGACCUGGCAGCAGAUGGCAAGCGGGUGAAGGUGUGCGUGCAGCAGGCGCUCGGUCAAGGGGUCUUUCAGGGGCUUCCGCUGAGCCUGUCAGGCGUGAGGAGGAUAAUGGAGAACAUGGACUGGGGCGAGGUGUUUGAAUUUGUCAGCUUCGGCAACGUGGGCUCGGACCACCUGGAUGACAGCGCCUAUUACGUCAUCGUGGCCCCCCAGAACGUCGUCGGCUCUACCAUCAUGACUAAACUUCUCGAGAUGGCAACUGCUGCAGUGGAGCAGAAGAAGACGCUGAUCCUCUUCAAUCCCCUGCUGAAGGACCUGCCCUCAGCCUCUGGUGUCAUGGGCGUCAGGGGCCGGAGAGAGCGCAUGGAGUUUGCGGAUUCCUUCAUUCCAGCAUACCACUUCCGGCUGCUCUAUUCUUCCUCUGCCAUGAUGUAUCCUAUCAGGGGAGCCCUGCGCCACGUCUAUGGAGGCCCCUGGGAGGUGUUCAAGCGGGAGGAUAUGGGGAAGAGGACAGAGGAGUACAGGUUUGUGGGCAGCUUUGACAGCCAGCCGGAUGGCAGCCUGCUCACACCGCUAUUCCAGGAGCAGCCGCCGAAAAAGAACAGCGGCGCUUGGUGGAACCUGUGAGGCAGCUGCCAGAACCUGUGAGGAUGAUUAUUCACAACGAGCUCGAGUGAAGGUGAAAACUAUCUGACCGGCAGCGCGAGGGACCAGUAUUAUGAACUUUCGUGCCAUCUUGAAUAAGCCUCUCUUGAAACCUAUGAGGCAGCUUCCAUCAACCAGGAAAUAUACACGCUGUUCUAUUUGUGGUAGGUCUGUUGGAAGUAUAGGCCAUGUGGCAGCUGGGCUUGCACGAUGGAAACUUUUUGAGAAGAGAACUGUGUAAUUUUGAAGUGGGGCGAUUGUUGAAGCCUAAGAGAAGACUUAUUGAUCAGAAGGAGUUGUGUCACGUGACUGUCAUCAGACUGUCUUUGGCAAGGUGUCUUGGAAUGCCUUUGAUACAUUCCACUGCCAGCAAGUGACAUGCGGCUGAGGAGUUGUCUGGCAACAGAGAGACCUCUCAGCUAUCCCUCAGCCGUCCCUCAUUUAGAGGUUUGUAGGUUUGGUAAGAACUGUUUUGAACAACAGUUAUUUAAAUCCUACACUCAUUC